AAAGCAUCAUUUUGGUGCUUUCAGUUUAUGAUUCCUCUUUGUCUCCAUGCACAUCUUCCCCAUCACCAAACUCUCUUUAUUCUUUAUCCUUUAUUAUUAUUAGUAUUAUUACCAAAAACCAAACAUUAAAUUAGCUUCCUCUUCAAUCAGCUCACAAUCACAAAACAAAAACAAAAAAACACCCUUCCGCAAAACAUGGGCACUCGUCUUAUGUUAAUUUCUCCACCACCUCCAACCAAAACACACAACCAAUUCACACCUUCAAUAAUCCCUCUCCUCAAAACCCAUCAAACAAUAUCACUUCCAACUUCAAGAAAAACUAGUAGCAAGAUCCAAAGCACAAGCAAGUUUGGGAAUUUCCUUGACUUAAAACCCGAGUAUCAACCCGAAUCCUUAGAUUUCGACCUUCCAUGGUUCCAACCUUCUGAUCGUUCUCAUUUUGAUGUGAUUAUAAUCGGUGCUGGCCCCGCAGGCAUUCGCCUUGCGGAACAAGUUUCCCUUUAUGGAAUCAAGGUUUGUUGUGUUGAUCCUGACCCUUUAUCUAUUUGGCCUAAUAACUAUGGUGUGUGGUUGGAUGAGUUUGAAGGCCUUGGGCUACAAGAUUGUUUGGAUAAAACAUGGCCUAUGGCUUCUAUUUAUAUUGAUGAUAACAAUACCAAGUAUUUGGAUCGUUCCUAUGGAAGGGUUAAUAGGAGGAAACUUAAGGAAAAAUUGGUUAAAGCUUGUAUUUUUAAUGGAGUUCAAUUUUACAAGGCAAAGGUAUGGGAAAUUAAGCAUCAUGAGUUUGAGUCUUUUGUUGUUUGUGAUAAUGGGACAAAGUUGAAGGGUAGUUUAGUUGUUGAUGCUAGUGGUUUUGGCAGUAAUUUUAUAGAGUAUGAUGAUCAUAAAGUGAGAAACUAUGGUUGUCAAAUUGCUCAUGGUGUUUUGGUUGAAGUUGAUACUCACCCUUUUGAUUUGGAUAAAAUGGUUUUGAUGGAUUGGAGAGAUUCCCAUUUGGGGAAUGAGCCUUAUUUAAGAAAUGUUAAUUCCAAAGUUCCUACUUUUUUGUAUGCUAUGCCAUUUAGUUCAAAUUUGAUUUUUCUUGAAGAAACUUCACUUGUGAGUCGUCCUGUUUUGUCAUACAUGGAAGUCAAAAGAAGGAUGGUUGCAAGAUUAAGACAUUUAGGAAUUAGAGUGAAAAGAGUAUUGGAAGAUGAGAAAUGUUUGAUUCCAAUGGGAGGACCUUUACCUAGGAUACCUCAAAAUGUGAUGGCAUUUGGUGGAAAUUGUGGUGUAGUUCAUCCUUCUAGUGGAUACAUGGUUGCUAGAACAAUGGCUCUAGCACCUAUUGUAGCUGCUUCUAUUAACGAGUGUCUUGGUUCCACUAGAAUGAUAAGAGGGAAACAACUUUAUGCUAAAGUUUGGAAUAGCAUGUGGCCUAUUGAGAGAAGAUUUGUUAGGGAAUGUUACUCUUUUGGAAUGGAGACUUUGUUGAAGCUUGACUUGAAUGAGACUAGACAUUUUUUUGAUGCAUUCUUUGACUUGAAACCAUAUUAUUGGCAAGGGUUUCUUUCUUCAAGGUUGAAUUUAAAGGAUUUUGCUUUGUUAAGCAUAUCACUUUUUGGACAUGCCUCAAAUUCAUCUAGGUUUGAUAUUGUCACAAAGUGUCCUGUUCCAUUUGCUAAAAUGAUGGGUAAUAUGGCUUUAGAAUCCAUAAGAUGAUGGAAGGUUGAGAAAAUACAAUUUUAUGUUUUUGUUUAUUAAUGGCUAAACUUGAAGACGGAUCUGUUUGAAUUUUCAUUAAUAUUAAAAUUUUGUUGUUGAAAAUUAAUACAUUUGAAUUCUCAUUAAUAUGUUAAAUUGACAUC